AUGAAAGUAAUUUCUUUUGGAUGCAUAAUCAGUACAGCCUUUGCCUUUAUGAUUACCUCGGAGAAUGACGAAAAAAAAUUCGUUUCCAACAGUAGUGGAAAAGCUGUCAUGACCACUACAGGAAAGCCAGCGGAAUUCACCUCUACUGAAGUAUCUCCUGGAGUUGAUAUUAUUACAGAUAAAAGCACUGGUAAGGUUUUGGAUAUGCAAGGAGGAGGUUCAAAUGUAAUAUUCUGGGGUAAACAUGGAGGAGCAAAUCAAAGGUUUUCCAUUGUUAAAAAUAAUGAAGGAGGCUAUUACAUCAAAAGUGAAAAUAAGUGUCUAGAGUACGACGCUUCAGGAAAAAUGUACCGAACCACCUGUUCCAACAAAUCUGAGCAGAGGUUUAGUAUUAUCUACACACCAGGAGAACCCCAAUACAAACCACCCGUCGAAGUUCCUGUUGAGGUUCCUGUUCCGGUUGAAAAUCCAGCACCCCCUCAGCCCCAAAUACUUAUAUUUAACACUGGGAAACCGUCUAGCUCCAAAUCACAUGAUAAUCAUCAUCGCUCCCAAUCUUCUGAAGAUUCUUCUUUGUUGUAUGAUAGUGGCCUUAUUGGAUAA